GAAGUCAGACCAAUCUAGAAUCUCUUGCAGGACACUGAACUGAAAGAUACGAUCUUCCCUUCUUUUGUUCUAAUGUUAAAAAAAUAUCAACCGACGUCGAAUGCUUCGCGUAGCAGAUAACGCCAAGGGUCAAUUCCGUAAAUCCCGACAACAGACUUUCCGACAAGCAGCUUCUUUAAUCUCUCUCUCUCUCUCUGUUGCAAGAUAGUUUGCAUUCUCACUCUUUGUCUGAACAAAACACAACUUUAAUGUUAGAUCUGUCUUUUACGUCGCUACGAAGUCUUCUUUCCUUCCUCCACAUACCUUACCACAACCCCAAUAAAGCCCUAAACAACACUCCUUCUUCCUUCUUCUCCCACUCGAGAUCUCAAAAUCAAAUGGCGUCUCCGAGUUCAUACACCAAGCAUCCUUCUCCUCCGCGAAGCACCACCGCCGCCGCUACGCCGCCGUCUGCCUCCCCAACCGGUGGAGGAUUCUUCUCUAAGCCUAUCCUACUCGGUAUGUUCCUCCUCGCCUUGCCAUUGUUCCCUUCUCAGGCUCCCGACUUCGUCGGAGAGACGGUUCUCACCAAGCUCUGGGAGCUGAUUCACCUCCUCUUUGUCGGCAUUGCCGUCGCUUACGGUUUGUUCAGCCGCAGGAACGUCGGAGAAUCAAACGUUGAGUCGAGGGUGAGUUGUGUAGAUGAGUCUUCCUUGUCUUACGUGUCUGGAAUCCUCCAGGCUUCCUCUGUUUUCGACGAGGAGGAGGAAGAGGAGACGAAUAAGUCUGAGUACGCUGAGAUCAAUCAAGUGCAAGCCUGGAACUCGCGGUAUUCGCAAGGGAGGUCUAAGGUUGUUGUGGUUGCGAGACCAGCUUAUGGUCUUGAUGGUCACGUUGUGCACCAGUCGCUAGGCUUGCCGGUUAGGAGUUUAAGGUCGGCUCUUGAGGAGGAGAAGGAGAAAGCUGAGGAGGAGUCAUUGGCUGAUGAUGAUGAUGAGGUCGUGGCUGAGAUGAUGGCAAUGGGAGACGAUGAAACCCGGUUUACGACCCGGUCUAGUGUUUCUUCUUCUUCAUCACGGACUAGCUUUGAGUCCAAUGAUCAGAAGAACAGAUACUCGCCUUCUCGUUCUGUCUCUGGGGAGUCUUUAAACUCUAAUGUGGAGGAGAAGAGUCUUCAAGGGUCAUCACGGUGUAGUUCGCCAUCAUUGCCACCGUCUCCAUCGCCAGAGAUAGUGACCGAUGAGACUCACAGGCGUGUGUUACACUCUCAGCAUUAUAGUGAUGGUUCUUUGUUAGAGGAAGGUGUGAGAAGAGGGUUUGUAGAUGAACUAGAGGGACCAGGAUCUAAAUCACUUAAACUGCUGAGUGAUGAAAGUUCUUUGAAAGGGAAGAGCAAGUCUCGCAGAUCUUAUCCUCCUGAUCUAACCUUAUCACCACCCGUUGAUGGUGCUGAUCGUUCCACUACUAGAAGACGGUAUCUUCAGCAGAAGAGUGAUAGCCAUUUGUUUGAGAAAGGGUUAGAGUCUGAGCAUCACAAGAUGAGUGUCAAGAAGGUACGGAGCCACGACUCUUUGGAGUUCAAACCAAGGAAUGAUAAAGCUUCAAGGCGUUCUUCACGAGGUGGCAGUGAAACUUUGGUGGUGAAAGACAACAAAAGAAACUCAGAGGAUGAUGAUGACUCUGAGGAUUAUGAUGAUAACAAGGAAGUAAUAUCAAACCGUCCAAGAUGUGAACCACAAUCUUGGAGAGGUUCUAGUAAAGUUUCAUCAAUAGGAAAGUCUGUGAGGACUAUAAGAUCUGAUUCAUCUGAUGAUAGGGCAGGAAGAAGAAAACCAAGAAGACAAUGGCAACAAGAACUAGCAAUAGUACUACACCAGGAGAAGCAUUCAGAAACUCUCACUACAUCAGAGCCAGAAGAUGAUGAUGAUGAUGAUGUUAUGGAAGAGAGUGAGGCAGAGCAACCUGAUGUUACUUUGGAGGAGGAAGAGGAAGAAGUUGCUGCUGUUUGGGAAAGCCAGAGCAAUGCAAGCAAUGAGCAUUACGAAGUUGAUAAAAAGGCUGAUGAGUUCAUAGCAAAGUUCAGAGAACAGAUUAGGUUGCAGAAACUUCAUUCUGGUGAGCAACGAAGAGGAGGUGGCACUGGCGUUAUCAGAAACAUACACUUCAGAUGAUACUACACUACACUCACCAUUGCUUCAUUUUUACUUGUAUUAUUUUGAUGUAAUAAUUUAUUUGUCUGCAUUUGUUGAUGAGAAUCUUGUUGAAUCAUCACUCUCUUUGUUUGAGGUUUAUACUGUUGAGUAAAAUGAAAAUUUAUUAAUGAAUAAUUAUGCUCUUUGACUGUAUUUGACUUAUGACUAGAGGUAGGGCUGGGAUUUUGAACCGAAAUUUCGGUUAGAAAAUCCUCUUUGAUUCAAUAGUUUUUUUUUUUUUAGGAUCAGUUUUCGGCUUGGUUUGCUUUGUUUUUUGUUUUUAAUUUAAAAUAUUAUACCAGCCAUUUCAAAAUUUUAAAGCGAACUAAGUGAAUUAACUAAAUUUCGAAUUGAAUUUACAAAAUUUAACUGAAAUUAACCGAAUUCAUCCAAAAUUUAACAAAAUUAAACUAAAAUUAAACUGGAAUCAAAAACUUUAGUAAGAUUCUCACAAUUCGAACUAAUCGAGUACCUAACUGAACCAAACUUUAUUUCAGAUUAAUUCGAUAAAAAAAUAUGUUGAACCAAACCAACCGAACCUGCAUAGUUAACUAGAGGAUGGUUUUGUUUGAAAAGCCAAGUCAACUGUCUUUGACUAAAGGACUAGAGGAAAGGAUUUGUCCGAAAAAAAAAUCUGGGGACUAAAUUGUAAUAAACUGAAAGCAGAGGAGGUAAGGCGAAAUUAUCCAUGAAAUGAAAUGCAGAAGAAGAAGUUAGGAUAACAUUGGAUGUUGCAGAAAGCUAUGGUGACGAUUUUAUCAAAUCCUCUCUCUCCGAAGCUUACGUUUCUAUGUGAAAGCCUCGGGAUCUUGAAAUGUCGGAGCAAAAGCACGACGUGUUGUUCAUUGAGUCAAGAACCAAAGUACCAAAGCUUGAGUAGGAGGAAUCUUGUUUACGUUUUGGUUACUUCACCGUGUUUGUUUGCAACGUUACCAUCGUCUGCCAAGACUAAAUCAAAGAGCCCUUAUGACGAGAGAAGGUUACUAGAACA